AUGUCUCAGAUCACAUUUACAAAGGAAAAAGAACUCCCAUAUUUCCUUCCGAGUGAAGUAGUGCUGCAUAACAGCUUAUCUGACUGCUGGGUAUCAUAUUUGGGCAAAGUAUACGAUCUAACGGCAUUAUGUAAAUCGUGUGAAGAUCGUCCGGAGAUAAAGCCGAUCCUCUUAUUCGCGGGCAAGGAUAUAAGCCACUGGUUUGAUCGUCUCACGGGAGAUAUCCAGCAUCAUGUGGAUCCGCGAACGGGGGCUUUGGUGCCCUACUGUCCUCAUGGGCCCAUUCCCGACGUAGGAAUUCCCGAACCCUCGAGCACUUGGAGACCUUUGGAGCAAGUUCCCUGGUGGCGGGACACUAAAUACCUCCUUGGAAAUCUUACUCGGAACCCGAGGCCGUGUCGCGUCAUCAACACGCUCAUUGCCAAGGAGGCGCUCAUUUGGGUCUGCGAAGAAGAUACGAUAAAAAGAAUCCAGGAACGGUUCAAGCUCUUCAACUCAAACAGCUCCGACUAUCUCUGGAAAUCGGAAGAAAAAAUUCUAGAUCUAAAUAAAACUCUAACAGACAACGGGAUUCCUGACGAGAGAGAACGUUUUCUUCGCUGCGGAUUACCCGACAAUUUUUAUGUCCCCAGUAUUUUAUGCUACUACAAGGAUAUCGUUAAAUUAUAA